CUUCCUUGUUCAGUUUGACUAUCCUAGCGCGCGUCUCCCGCACAAGUUCAGUGUUCCGAGUUUUGUCGCGGAGUGGGAGAGUAAAAUCGGCGGAGUAAGUGAAAGGCAUGUCCAGACAGGAAGGAGCUGCUACCAUUUUCAAUAAAUUUUAGAUAUGUGACCGUUACUGGGCCUGCUAACACAUACAAUGGAGAAAAGGACUGUAAAUGUCAAGGAAGAGGAUUGUGAACAGGAGGCUGCUCACCCUCAAAAGGAGAGUCUCUGCAUUAAGGAGGAGGACUGUGAAUGGGAAUGUGUCCACCCUAUAAAAGACAGACCCAGCAUCAAAGAUGAGGAUUAUGAACUGGGGACAGAGGACAUUAAACAAGACUACGAGCAAAAGUCUGCCUGCUUUGACGUGCAGAUUAUCAAUGGUGUCAAGGAAGAGGACCGUAAUGCAGAGUUCACGUGUCAAGACCAAGCAUCCCCUCAGAGCAGAUAUAGUUCUGUGAAGGUGAAGCAGGAAUCAUUAAUAUCUGACGUGAAGAGGACUGAGGAAAUAUCUGGGAGAACAGAAGAAGGUCACCUGUCAUCUCUGAGUCGUUUUGGAGAAAGUUCGCAACAAAGCUGCGCCUUCUCCCAAUCUUCAUUUGCUGAAGCCCCACUUCAAUGCAGACUUCAAGAAGAUUUGAAGAUAUCAGAACCUGAAACAGAGGGUUUAAUGCCAGUUUCUCUGCAGAGCAAUUCUCCAUCAGUUGUGAAUUUCAACAGGACAGCCAUGGUCAACACUCAUCCCCAAGUACAUGGUGCAAAUUCAGCAGUGUUGCAUAUGUGCCAAGAGCAUUAUAAUUGUGUCAAAUGUAAAGGUAAAAAUAAAGACAAUCAGUGGGGUCUCAAGACUCAGAAGCCACAUCCCUGUUCCAAUUGCAGCAAACGAUUCUCACAAUUGAGCAGUCUUCAGAGACAUUUAAAAAUUCAUUUACUUAGGAAAGAUUACUGUUGUCUUGAAUGUGGAGAAGAAUUCUUAGGAAGUAGAAGUAUACACCAACAUAAACAAAAUUGCAUUGGGGAUAGAUCAUAUUGCUCUUUUGAAAUCAGCAAACAAUUCUCUGAGAGCAGAGGUGUUGGGAACCACGAAAGAAUUCACACUUGUGAGAAACCCUAUUUCUGUUCAGAAUGUGGCAAGCGAUUCUCCAAUUGUAGGACUCUAAAAAUUCACAGCAGAAUUCACAGUGGAGAAAACCCCUAUUGCUGCUCGGAAUGUGGCAAGAAAUUCUCAGAGGGUAGAAUACUUCAGCAACAUGAAAGAGUUCACAGCGGAGAGAAGCCGUAUUUCUAUUCUGAAUGUGGCAAACGAUUCUCUCAAGCCAGUCAUCUUUACCAACACUCAAGAAUUCAUUCAGGAGAGAAGCCCAAUUGUUGUUUGGAAUGUGGCAAGCAAUUCUUGCACUUACGCCAUCUUCAGAAGCACACAAUAAUUCACACUGAGAAAAAUCCAUAUUGCUGUUCUGAUUGUGGAAAACAAUUCUGGAAUAUACUCAGUCUUCAGACCCACCGACAAAUUCAUACUAGAGAAAAGCUGUUUUGCUGUUUGGUCUGUGGGAAGCAGUUCUUACACAGUCACAGUCUUCAGAUCCACACCAGGAGUCACACUGGAGAGAAGCCAUAUUGUUGUUCUGAAUGUGAUAAACAGUUUUCACGAAUGGACAGUCUUCACAGACAUAAAAGAACUCACACUGGGGAGAAGCCAUAUUGCUGUUCUGAUUGUGGUAAACGAUUUUCACAAAUGGGCAGUCUGCAACUACAUAAAAGAGUUCACACAGGAGAGAAGCCAUACUGUUGUUCUGACUGUGGCAAGCGAUUCUCGCAAGUGGGCAGUCUUCAGUUACACAAGAGAAAUCACACUGGAGAGAAGCCAUAUUGUUGUUCUGACUGUGGCAAAUGUUUCCCCGUGUUAGGUAGUCUUCAGCAACACAGGAGAGUUCACACGGGAGAAAAGCCCUACAGCUGCUCUGAAUGUGCUGAACAAUUCUCUCUAAAGUACCUUCUGGAGAGGCACACAAGAAUUCAUAAAGGGGAGAAACCGUACUGCUGUUCUGACUGUGGAAAACAAUUCCUUGACAAGGGUAGUCUUCAGAUCCACAUAAGAACUCACACUGGAGAGAAGCCAUAUUGCUGUACAGAAUGUGGCAAGCGAUUCACAAACAACAGCAGUCUUUGGAGACACACAAGAAUUCACACUGGAGAGAAACCAUAUGGCUGUACAGAAUGUGGCAAACGAUUCUUAAACAAGAGCAGUCUUAAAAACCACAAAAGAAUUCACACAGGAGAGAAGCCGUACUUCUGUCCCGAGUGUGGAAAACGAUUCUCACAAAUGAGCAAUCUGCAGAGCCACACGAGAAUUCACAGUGGAAUUAAACCCUAUUGCUGCUCUGAAUGUGGCAGGCGAUUCUCAGAUAGUAGCACUCUUCGACAACAUACAAGAAUUCACACCGGAGAGAAACCAUUUCGCUGUUCUGUAUGUGACAAACGAUUUUCCCGCAGUAGCAGUCUUCGGCAACAUACAAGAGUUCACACUGGAGAGAAGCCGUAUUGCUGCACGGAAUGUGGCAAAAGUUUCUCUGAGAGCAGCACUCUGAGGAGCCAUGAAAGAAGUCACCUGGGAGAGAAACCAUAUUGUUGUUCUGAUUGUGGGAAACGAUUCUCACGCUUAAACAAUCUCCAGAGGCACACACAAACUCACACAAGGGAGAAACCAUAUUGCUGCUCUGAAUGCGGUAAACUGUUCUCACAACGCAGUAGCCUUCAGCGUCAUGCCAGAAAUCACACUGGGGACAAGCCAUAUUGCUGCUCUAAAUGCGGUAAACAAUUCUCAGAAUCAAGCCAACUGCAGAGUCAUGAAAGAAUUCACUCAGAAGAGAAGCCAUAUUCAUGUCCAGAAUGUGGGAAGCAGUUUCCAAAAAUGAGCAAUCUUCGUAAACACAAAAAGGUUCACUCGAAAGAGAAGCCAUAUUGCUGUUCAGUCUGCAGCAAGCAAUUCACACACAAAAGCAGUUUUCGGCAACAUACAAGAAUUCAUACAGGAGAGAAGCCGUAUUGCUGUUCCGAGUGUGGUAAGCGAUUCUCGCACAGUAGUACUCUUUGGAAACAUGUCAAAAUUCACACUGGUGAGAAGCCAUACUGUUGUUCUGAGUGUGGCAAACGACUUUCCAGCAGUAGUAGCCUUAAGAACCACACAAGAAUUCACACCGGAGAAAAGCCUUAUUGCUGCCCUGAAUGUGGCAAACAAUUCUCUGACGGCAGUAGUUUUAGAAAACACACAAGACUUCAUAGUGAAUCCGUGGCUGAGAAAAGCAUCUAAUUGUGGCAGUGCCUAACUUCAUGGUGAUUCAAAGCAUUGCUAGCAAUGUAAAUGGAGAAGAAUCAGGACCCAUGGCAUUCCUGGAUACAGGAUAUCAGGCAGUGAUGGUGUUGACUCCUAUGUUCGAAGCCUCACCACCAACUGAAGCACAAAUCAGUAUCUGAAAGGUUUUGAGUUUGUAUGCUAGAAAGAGAUGGAGAACUAUGAGGCACUUAUCAUAUGAAGAUACACCAGUCCACUCUGACAGGAAAAUAGAAGACUGGAUUACGAUCAAAGAAAAUGCACUCACGUAGAACUUGGGUUUUUUUAAAUAUCAGUUCCCAGGACCUACUUGGUAUGUUUUCUGUCUGCACAUUAAUAAUGCCGUCUGAAAUAAGCCAGAUGUGGUAUAGUAUAUUUGAAAAGGUUCCAGUCAUCAUGCACUCCGAUGGAAUAACCAAAAGCGCACCCUGAGUGUGCUAUCAUCACAACAAAAUUAUAAGAAUGCAUUUUAUUUAUAUAGCAACUCCGAUGGCGCUCAUGAGAAUUGAAUUGCUACAAAAUUGAAAUGGUUGCCUAGAAAAGUGAGCAUAUAAUGAAAUUAAUUUAAUUGUAUUAUCCAAUUAUAGUUAUGUUAUCCUUCAUACUGACCAAAAAUGGAAGACGUAAUCAACAGCUUAGUGAGACAAUGUAUGUAGUGAUGAAAUGAGUACUUUUAUUAUGGUUAUGUUGAUUUAAUGGACAUACAGUGCCCCUUGAAAGUCAUCACCAGCAUCCUCUAGAUUUCAUAAGAUACGCAGAUUCCUCCAGGAAGUGUUUUUAUCGGCAGCCCAAGUGUUCUAAUAGUUUAUUUCUAAAAUCAGAGUUAAUAGUCUGUCAAAAUAUAUACAGGGUGAUUCAAAAUUAUGUUAACACUAAUGGUACUGCUAUUUAUUUACUUAUACUGUACUAGCUGUGUGCUCCUAGAAAGCAUGGAUUCUGACACUUCAAUCAAUCAAUCGCAUCGGUUGUGCAUUAGCAGCUAAGCAAGGUUCUCUUUCCUUGGCCGUUUUUGGUUUUGUGGACGUGCUCUCCUCCGUUGUCUCUCAGCGGCUAAGCAAGUUUCUCUCUCCUUGGAGAUUUUGUUUUGCCGAUGUCCUCGCCUCAUUUGUGUAUCAGCGGCUAAGCGAGUUUCACUUUGGCAACAGAGUUGCUUUCUUUGAAUGUUAUGCUGUAGCCUCGC